AUGGAGAACAGCACGGUUUCCUUUUACUUUAACUUCACCAUGUUUGUGAACAUCGGACACUACCAAUAUCCAGCCUUUGUCUUUUGCCUCCUGCUCUACAGCUUUAUUGUCUCUGCUAAUCUUGUCAUUAUACUGGUGAUAUCACAGGAAAAAUUGUUGCAUGAGCCCAUGUACAUGUUUAUUGCUUUGUUAUCUGUCAACUCUCUGUACGGCUCUGCUGGUUUCUUCCCCAGAUUCCUUGUGGACCUCGUGUCCGAUUCUCAUUUGAUCUCACGUCCAGCUUGUUUCACUCAGAUCUUUGUCAUUUACACAUAUGCUUCCUGUGAAAUGACCAUUCUUGGCGUUAUGGCUCACGAUAGAUAUGUUGCUGUGUGUGAUCCUUUACACUAUCACAGAAAGAUGACCUCUAAAACUGUUUUUAGCUUGGCAGCAAUUGCUUGGAGUUUUCCAGCUUUUGUCCUUACAGCAUGCAUUUCUUUGUCUGCCAGGCUUCCUUUAUGUGGCAACGAGAUACAAAAAGUGUUUUGUGCCAACUGGAACGUUGUAAAAUUAUCAUGUGUCACCACUGCUGUCAACAACAUUGUAGGUAUGCUUUUGACCAUAGCUACAGUUUUCCUUCCCCUUUUCUAUGUCCUUUAUACUUAUUUACGAAUUGUAAUUGUCUGCUGGAAGAAAUCAGCAGAAUUCAAAGGUAAAGUAUUACAGAGCUGUCUGCCACACAUGGUUUCAUUUGUGAUUUACUCCAUCACAGGAUUUUGUGACAUUGCCUUGAGCCGCUAUAAUCUUGAAGAGAUAAACCCAUUUGUGGCGGUGAUUUUAUCGCUGGAGUUUGUCGUCAUUCCUCCAGUUCUGAAUCCUCUCAUAUAUGGCCUUAAACUACCACACAUCAGAAAACACAUCUUAAGGAUGUUAUCAAGGAAUAAGAAAUAA